GGUCUUGCAGGCGCCCCUGGCGGGCUUCACGGAGAUCGGCUCUUUCGGUGCUCGACUCGCCCGUGCUGCUGCCGUCGCCGAAGGAGGGGCAAAGCUCAAGAUGGCGGACAAAACGCCAAGCGGAUCUCAGAAGGCCAGUUCAAAGACGAGAUCAUCAGAUGUUCAUUCAUCUGGCUCUUCAGAUGCACAUAUGGAUGCAUCUGGACCCUCAGAUAGUGAUAUGCCAAGUCGGACACGUCCUAAGAGCCCAAGAAAACAUAGGAAUGAAAGUACCCGUGAAAGCCUUUGUGAUUCUCCUCAUCAGAAUCUCUCAAGACCUCUUCUAGAAAAUAAACUUAAAGCAUUCAGUAUUGGAAAAAUGAGUACAGCUAAACGAACUUUAAGUAAAAAGGAACAAGAAGAAUUAAAGAAAAAGGAGGAUGAAAAGGCAGCUGCUGAAAUUUAUGAGGAAUUUCUUGCUGCUUUUGAAGGAAGUGACGGUAAUAAAGUUAAAACGUUUGUGCGAGGAGGUGUUGUUAAUGCAGCUAAAGAAGAGCAUGAAACAGAUGAAAAGAGAGGUAAAAUCUAUAAGCCAUCUUCGAGAUUUGCAGAUCAAAAAAAUCCUCCAAAUCAGUCUUCCAAUGAAAGACCACCGUCUCUUCUUGUGAUAGAAACCAAAAAACCUCCACUGAAGAAAGGGGAGAAAGAAAAGAAAAAAAGCAAUUUGGAACUCUUCAAAGAAGAAUUAAAACAAAUUCAAGAAGAGCGUGAUGAGAGGCAUAAAACAAAAGGCAGGUUAAGUCGAUUUGAGCCUCCUCAGUCAGAUUCUGAUGGUCAGCGUCGUUCUAUGGACGCGCCUUCAAGAAGAAAUAGAUCGUCUGGUGUUCUUGAUGAUUAUGCUCCUGGCUCACAUGAUGUAGGAGACCCAAGCACUACUAAUUUGUACCUUGGGAACAUUAACCCACAGAUGAAUGAAGAAAUGCUAUGCCAAGAAUUUGGAAGAUUUGGACCAUUAGCCAGUGUGAAAAUUAUGUGGCCUAGAACUGAUGAAGAAAGAGCAAGAGAGAGAAAUUGUGGCUUUGUGGCCUUUAUGAAUAGAAGAGAUGCUGAAAGAGCUUUAAAAAAUUUAAAUGGAAAAAUGAUUAUGUCUUUUGAAAUGAAGUUAGGUUGGGGUAAAGCUGUACCUAUUCCUCCACAUCCAAUAUACAUUCCGCCUUCUAUGAUGGAACAUACGCUUCCCCCACCUCCAUCCGGACUGCCUUUUAAUGCGCAGCCUAGAGAACGCUUAAAAAACCCCAAUGCUCCCAUGUUACCACCACCUAAAAACAAGGAGGAUUUUGAGAAGACUCUGUCGCAAGCCAUAGUCAAAGUGGUUAUCCCAACAGAAAGGAAUUUGCUCGCCCUGAUACAUCGAAUGAUAGAGUUUGUUGUACGUGAAGGGCCAAUGUUUGAAGCUAUGAUUAUGAACAGAGAAAUCAACAAUCCUAUGUUCAGGUUCUUAUUUGAAAACCAGACACCAGCCCAUGUUUACUAUAGGUGGAAACUUUAUUCUAUUCUUCAGGCAAAUUCUCCAACUAAGUGGCGGACGGAAGAUUUUCGUAUGUUCAAAAAUGGAUCUUUUUGGAGGCCACCACCAUUAAAUCCAUACCUGCAUGGAAUGUCAGAAGAACAAGAAACAGAAGCUUUUGUAGAGGAGCCUAGUAAAAAGGGAGCACUUAAGGAAGAACAGAGGGAUAAAUUAGAAGAAAUCUUGCGGGGAUUAACUCCGAGGAAAAAUGAUAUUGGAGAUGCCAUGGUUUUCUGUCUUAAUAAUGCUGAAGCUGCUGAAGAAAUAGUGGAUUGCAUUACUGAAUCAUUGUCCAUCUUAAAGACACCCCUUCCUAAAAAGAUUGCCAGAUUAUAUUUGGUUUCUGAUGUUUUAUACAAUUCUUCAGCCAAAGUUGCCAAUGCUUCAUAUUAUAGAAAAUUUUUUGAAACCAAGUUAUGUCAGAUAUUUUCAGACCUCAAUGCUACCUAUCGUACAAUUCAAGGCCAUUUGCAAUCUGAAAACUUUAAGCAACGGGUAAUGACCUGCUUCAGAGCAUGGGAAGAUUGGGCAAUUUAUCCAGAACCAUUUUUGAUCAAACUACAGAAUAUUUUCUUAGGACUUGUAAAUAUUAUUGAAGAAAAGGAAACAGAGGAUGUACCUGAUGACCUUGAUGGUGCCCCUAUUGAGGAAGAGCUUGAUGGUGCACCUCUGGAAGAUGUGGAUGGCAUUCCUAUUGAUGCUACUCCCAUCGAUGAUCUCGAUGGAGUCCCUAUAAAAAGUCUUGAUGAUGAUCUUGAUGGUGUGCCUUUGGAUGCAACCGAAGACUCGAAGAAGAAUGAGCCUAUAUUUAAAGUAGCCCCAUCAAAAUGGGAAGCUGUAGAUGAAUCUGAAUUGGAAGCACAGGCUGUAACAACUUCUAAAUGGGAGUUAUUUGACCAGCAUGAAGAAUCAGAAGAAGAGGAAAAUCAAAAUCAAGAAGAAGAAAGUGAAGAUGAAGAAGAUACUCAAAGUUCUAAAUCUGAAGAACAUCAUCUGUACUCUAAUCCAAUCAAAGAAGAAAUGACUGAGUCCAAGUUCUCUAAGUACUCUGAAAUGAGUGAGGAAAAACGAGCCAAACUUCGUGAAAUUGAGCUAAAAGUUAUGAAGUUUCAGGAUGAAUUGGAAUCUGGGAAAAGACCUAAGAAACCAGGCCAGAGUUUUCAGGAACAAGUAGAACACUACAGAGAUAAACUUCUUCAACGAGAGAAAGAGAAAGAAUUAGAACGAGAACGAGAAAGAGACAAGAAGGAUAAAGAAAAAUUGGAAUCUCGAUCCAAAGAUAAGAAAGAAAAAGAUGAAUGUACUCCAACAAGGAAAGAAAGGAAAAGGAGACACAGUACAUCCCCCAGCCCAUCUCGCAGUAGCAGUGGUAGACGAGUGAAAUCCCCAUCACCAAAAUCCGAGCGAUCGGAGCGUUCAGAAAGAUCUCAUAAAGAGAGCUCACGGUCGAGGUCAUCUCACAAAGAUUCUCCUAGAGACGUUAGCAAAAAAACCAAAAGGUGGCUCCAUAAAUUCUGAAAUCCAGGCAGGCUGCUGGUGGGCUGGACCCUGCCCACUGCUUGAAGGAAAUGGAACCCAGACGUGGAACAGCAUUUCUGCACGGAGUCUUCUGUUGUCCUCUGGCUUUGAAAUUUGCACUUUUAGUCAAAUAAGCUGGUUCAAAAACAUGUAACACACACUUGCUUUGUCCAUAUCACUUCACAAUUCCAAAGGAUUUGGCACUUUUAUAGGGUAAUUUUCUCAAGAAUUCGAUGAAAUAGAGUUAGUGUUAGUUCCGUAAUUUAGGUAGGAGACUGAGGGACAUUUGAGGUCUGGCAUCUUAUCCAAGCACUUGUUCCCACUGUAUGAUUCAGGGUUUGUGGUUGCAUGCAACAGAAACUGACUUGUGCUGACUGAGGAGAAAAAGAAUUAUUGGACAGCUUCGAAUCCAUAGGAAAGCAGGUGGGCCAGGCUCAGAGAAUAGUGGAAACGGGCAUGGCAGCAUAGACUGUCAUCAGGCGCCACUUGUGCCACCGACGGGAUUCUUCUGUCUUCCAGCCUCUGCACACAGCUCACUAAGCCAAGCUGAGGUCACAGGGUCCCAGAUGCAAUGCAGUCUGGGAAUGUUAGUCUUAGCCGCCUUUGGGCUUCUCUAGUGGAAUAUGGACUCUGGUCUCAUGUUGGAGAAGUUCCCAAAUGUGGGAAAGAGAAUUGGUUACUGAUAAAGUGUCUGUUCAAAUCUUUUGCCUAUUUUUUUCCCCUUGGUUGAUAAUUCAUUGAAAAAAACCCAAAAACAUAACUUUUUUUUUUCUUCUAAAAAGUCCUUCAACAUUUACCUUUGAGAAUUUCUGGGAAAAAAAAACUUAAGAGGUGGAAUGUCAAGCCUUAUCCUCAAACCAUAAAUUUAACAUUAAGUAUACCUGUUUCUCAGACUGAAACAUUUGUUGUUGGCAGUGUAUCCUGUUGGGUUAUUUAGAAAUGUGUGUGGAAUUAAUAAGGAACCCUAGGAUGUCUUGAUACAGCUCAUUUUUUUUUGAGCUAUCAGGCACAUUCCCAGAGGUGAAUGAAAAAUAAUUAAACAAUUGAAAAAAAAAUCUCAUUUGUUGCCUUUUUAUUUUCAGGAAAGAUAAU